AGAAUUUUGAUAUCAGCAGCACAAGCCUUCCAUCCCGGCCCCCGUAACUAUCCAUGCAUCCCAAAAAAAUAAAUCUCCAUCUCCAUCUCCAUCACAAGCAUACGCCUCAACGCCCUUGCCUGCGGCAAUCCAUUGCCCUCUCCCAUUCCAAUCGCAAAUCCCUCUCAAUCUCAAAAAUGAUCUGUUCACGCUGUCUCUCCCGUCGACCAUUCUCCCACCUCUCCACCCAAUCCCGCACCUUCACAAGCACACCCCUCCUUCUCUCGGUCCCUCCAACAUCAACCCCCUCCUCCCCUCGAACCGUUUCUCCUCCCACCGCCACAUCCACCGGCGCCGCGCAACCCUUCUCCACACCUUUAUCACCUUCCCCUGCCGCUCUAGGCAUCUCUUCCUCUCCCUCCCAUAAGAAACCAGCUCCAAUACCAACUUCUAGUAUUCCCGCCGGCACAAUAUUAAAAGGAUUGAAUUAUCUCAAAGGACGCGAUGAUCCGGUCGCAUUGAAAGAGGAAGAAUAUCCAGAGUGGUUAUGGAGGUGUUUGGAUGAGAAGAAGCUGGUAGAGGGAACUGGGGAUGCGGGUGGUGAUGAAUUUUGUAUGUGUUUUUUUUUUCUUUCUACUUUUUAUCCUCUAUUUUCCCAAUUUCCCAAAUUCCCCCUUCUAUGGAGCUACAAUAAUUCCUUCAAUCCCUAUAAUUUCCCCUCCUUUUCUCCAAAUUUUAUACUAACAAAAAAAGCCAAAUCCAAAAAACUCCGCCGCGCAGCCGCAAAAGCCCGUCGCAAAGCAGAAGAACGCGCUCUCCUAUCCGGAGACACCUCGCUCCUCGAAGUCAAGGUUCCCUUCCAACAACAAUCGAUCGAUUUAGCUACAUCUGGGGAAGAAGCCCUGGAGCAGAGAGAGGAAUUAGUUAGGGCAAUGAGGAAGGAGAGAAGGGCGAAGAUUAAGGAGGGCAAUUAUUUGAAGGGCAUGUAGAUGUAGAUGUUGAAUUGGUAAUUGAGUUGAGGUUUGCGGAGAAGAUGGAUAGGAAAAAAGGUCGUGGGAGGGGAGGGAAAAGAGAGUUGAAAGUUCCAUUCGAAAUUGCAUUUGUAUUGCGCAUUUGACCCAAUUCGAAUUUCCUAGCGCUUGUAAGAGCUACGGACGCUUGUGGGAGCUUGAGUAAUGGAAUGCUAUCUCGUACGAUGAGAGGUUCUUGUUCUUAUAUAAGAUACUACCUACACAUAUGGCACAAAAUAUAGAGCAGGAGCAGAAGCAAGAGAAAGGGUAUACAAAAAAAAUUAAAAAAGAGGAAAAACCCCAACAAUGCAAUGUAGAAAGAAAACUACCUACCGACCUACCUAGCUACCUAGCUAGUAGAGCCAUCCUCACACGGAGCACUAGGGAUGAGGAAAAAUGUAAAUUUACAUCAUAUACCUAUGUAUAUCAAUACUGUAACUUACUGUAAUUGUAUACACAUACACAUUACUAGAUGCUAGAUACCAGACAUCAUUUAUAU